UCACCUGUGUUUGGUUGGCAUAGUGGCUUUACAUAGCUGGACAGACUCUGGUUAUCUGAGCUUUGCUACUCUGAGCUUUUGAAUUUUGAGGUUGGCUAAGUUCUCUAGUGUUCUUCACUGACUGGCCACCUAAAAAUUCACAAUUCUUUUCUUCAACUGGUUUCACCCCCCAAACAAACUCAACAGUAUAAGGUUAUGAGAAUCAUUUGUGUAGAACUAUAGAUUGUCCUGGCUGGUGAGGACGCAAACUCUAUUAGUACUUUUGAGGUGAGAUCGGCCAUCCACAAACUUUCCUUUGACAGAAGAUGGUUUUGUUGCAUGUUAUAUGUUGUACCUCAUGGCUUGUGAUGGCUGCGGCUGUGGUGUCAGCUCAGAAGACUUUCAACCAAAGAGCUGGCUUGAAUGCAGAAUGCCUUGGGAAUGUUAUGAGGCUUACUGCUGAUAAAUCUCUAGCUUCUGGAAGUCAGCUUGAAAUUAAGGCCAUCAAUGGUUCACAGGUAGUGCCUUUAACACCUGCCCUGGCAGCUAAAUGUGGCUACAGUAUGGAGUCUGAUCCUUGGGGAAAUACUAAGCUCUACACAUCACUGCUGAGCUGUUUUACUCAGAACCAGGGAGAUCAAGUAUUUGAUAUCAGGCUGCGCCUCCACCUGUUUGGUAACAAAGUGUCUGAGGAAGAUGUAACUGAGGUCACACGCUCAUGUGAAUUUGAGCAGUGGGCUUCACGUGAGAUUCUCUGUGAACGCAACUUCAUGGAGGUCUCUGUAAACAGGUUACCCCCUGAGAUAUCCCUGCCUAAGCAGCAAAGGCAGGACGCCAAGGGUAACAGCUUGUUACCAGAGGUUCCUACCUCCCUACACAAUAUUUGGAAGAUGGUCUUUUACACACCCAAAGAGAAGCCCAUGAUGCUGGGGGACGUCCAGAAAGCUGGGUAUGGUGUAUCAACAACACCAACUCGGUUAGUGGUGCGAAGCCCUUACAACAUGGCUGAUACUUACUCUCAGAAUGUGGAUGGAGUGCAAAUGGAGGUCUUAAGAGUUACUACUUACUUCAGGAGAGGGUGGUCUGUAACAUUGAUGGACACUGCUGCGGCCUGUCCAACUGGUGGACUCCAUUUCACUGAUAACAUGAUCACCUGGUAUAUGCCCAGAUACAUCACCCCAGUAAUGGUUCAAGAGCACAGUAUCCUUGAACUGUACAUGGGCAUCGAUGGCAAGAGGCUAGAUCCAGCACAGAUGAAUGCUAUGGGCUACACGUUAUCUCUAACUGACUCCCAUAUCAUAAUCUCCCUCCCUGUGGGUGGACCAGAUGGCUACUAUAAGAGUCAUGCUUUGGAUUACAAGUACCAUACCACCUACAGUAUCGAACCAAUGCUUGAGCUUUUGUGGAAGAAAGGGGUGUCUGACAUCACCAGAUACAAAGUCCACUACCCCAUCGCCACACCACCCAAGCCUCAACCACCACAAAUCACAGACAAUACAGUGGCAGAGUUGGGUUUUUUCAACAUGUUGUUGGGCACCUUCCUCCAUGAUGUUGAGUUGAUAAACAUCACUUUUUCAACUGGAGUGAUGACUCUGGCAGAGGCCAAUGUCAGAGGCUUCAAUGUGCAGCAGCAUGGAUUUGCUAAUGGUUCCAAGGCUUUCACCAUCCAGAUCCCAUUUUCUGAUCCUGUUGUUCUGAAGGCUAAUAUUGACCAGGAGACCACUACCUAUACUCUUCCACUCAUCUUUGGCUUGAUAAUCCUGCCUGAAUACACUCCUUUUUCCCAGCCUGCUUUGCUGGAAGUUACUCUCCAGGACGUCAUUCCACCAACUGUGAGUGGGAACUGUGAUGAUGAAAAUUUCUAUGUCACUGUGGCGUAUGGGAACCAAGGCAAGAACUUCAACAUUAUGGUGGGCAGAAAGGACCUAUCUGCUGACCUUUAUGCAGAGUACAGUGUCCAUGAGAACUCCACUCACUUGAGCAUGACUGUGCCUUUCCUGGCAAAUGAGGUCACUUUUGAGCUGGCCCAUCUGUCUUCAAUGAGGGCUCGUCUUGAUGUGCUGCUUUGGGAACCAGUCAAUAACUGGCACCUCAACAACUUCUCCUUGGCCUGCAGCUUUCCCCUGACAAUGACCGAAUGUUUCUCCAAUGGAACAAUGACUGCAUUGGCAGUGAAGGUGGAAUCUGCAUCAGAGAUGAUCCCUGGCCAGUUGACACUGAAGGAUCCCUCGUGUACACCCACUUUCAGCAACAGCCGCUUUGCCUACUUCUUCUUCGAUGCAAGCAGCUGUGGAACGACUAGAACGUUCUACGAUGAUGUCAUGAUGUAUCAGAAUGAAAUCUCGGUGGUUAGCAGGAACGGCGCUGACCUUAAAGAUGCUGUCCAACCAGAUUAUCGCAUGCUGGUUUCCUGCUACUACAUGCUGAAUGAUACGCAGACAGUGACUUUCUUCACAAAUCCACGAAGACAUGAGCCUUUUGCUGAAUCUGGUGUUGGAAAACUGCACGUCAGAAUGAGACUUGCUAAAGAUUCCUCUUAUAAUACCUUUUAUAUGGAGGAGGACUACCCAGUAGUGCAGUAUUUAAGAGCACCGCUGUAUUUCGAGGUGGACCUGAUUCAGUCCACGGACCCUCGAAUAGAACUGGUCCUGGAGAACUGUUGGGCUUCUGUCAAUGAUGGAGUCUCCACAAUGAGCUGGGACCUUAUUGUGAAUGGGUUCGGUAUCCUCCCCACACAAAACGCUUUGAAGUGAAGAUGUUCACCUUUGUCAAGGAUGACACGAUCCUCAGAGAUCAGAUCUUUGUUCACUGUGAAGCUGUGAUCUGUGACAUCAACCAGCCUGAUGCCAUCUGUAGGAGACAGUGUCCCUCACAAAAUGU